UCCUUCUUUGACCGGAUAUAAUUUGAAAACAAGUUAACCGAAAAGAAUAAACGUCACAAAAAAAAAGAAGCGAGCGAAAGUGUUAGUGAGAAAGAGUUACAUACACACAAAUAAAAACCCAACUACUUACUCAAGAAGGAAUUGGGAUAAGCAGAUAUGCAUGAUAUUUGAAACAAAUAUAAAAGAGAAAACUUACAAUUGGAAAAAUAUUUCGUAGUUUUAAAAAAUUACAUUUUAUUUGUUUGCCACCAAACACUAAAAGAAACACGAUAAAAUGUCGAUAAACAAAUUCACAAAAGGCCUUUCAGUGGAUGAAAAAGCGGAGAUACAGGAGAAAUUCAUAGAGAUUGAUGCCAACAAGGAUGGCUUCAUUGACUUAAGCGAGCUGAAGGCAGCUCUGGAUCAAGUAGGCUUCAAAUUGCCCGGCUACCAGGUGCGCGAGAUGAUUGAUGAGUUCCAAAAUAAGCAAAGAACAUCGCAUCAGGGAAAACUAAACUUGGAAGAGUUCGAGAAUCUUUGUCUGGACCUGAAGUCGAAAGAUGUGGCGAGUACAUUCAAGACGGUUGUAUCCAAGAAAGAGAAUCUGGAAACGUUGGGUGGAAUGUCGAGUAUUUCAUCUGAAGGCACCACACAUUCUGUACGUCUAGAGGAGCAGUUGGCCUUCUCCGAUUGGAUCAAUUCUAAUUUAGGUCACGAUCAGGACUUGAAACACCUGUUGCCCAUCGAUGCCGAGGGUAAGCGCUUGUACCAGUCCAUAAAAGAUGGCAUUCUCUUGUGCAAAAUCAUCAAUCACUCCUGUCCCGACACUAUUGACGAAAGAGCCAUUAAUAAGAAAAAUCUCACCGUCUACCGAGAGUUCGAGAAUUUAACUUUGGCUCUGGUAUCAUCGCAAGCCAUCGGUUGCAAUAUCGUGAACAUCGAUGCUCAUGAUUUGGCCAAGGGCAAGCCUCACUUAGUCUUAGGUUUGCUGUGGCAAAUUAUCCGCAUUGGUCUUUUCAGUCACAUCACCUUGGACAGUUGUCCUGGUUUGGCAGGACUUCUGUUCGAUAAUGAACGCCUGGAGGACUUGAUGAAAAUGUCUCCGGAGGCAAUUUUGCUGCGUUGGGUGAACCACCAUUUGGAACGAGCCGGCAUAUCUCGUCGCUGCACCAACUUCCAAUCAGAUAUCGUGGACUCUGAAAUCUAUUCGCAUUUGAUUAAACAAAUUGCCGGCAAUGAUGUCGAUGUCAAUAUGGAUGCUCUGCACGAAAAAGAUCUGGUAUCUCGUGCUGAAAUAAUGUUGCAACAAGCAGCCAAAUUGAACUGUCGCAGCUUCUUGACACCACAGGACGUAGUCAAUGGAGUCUACAAGUUAAAUUUGGCUUUUGUUGCUAAUCUCUUUAACAACCACCCAGGCCUGGACAAACCCGAACAAGUUGAAGGCCUUGAAGCCAUAGAAGAAACCCGCGAAGAGAAAACUUACCGCAACUGGAUGAAUUCCAUGGGUGUUAGUCCGCACGUCAAUUGGCUGUACUCGGACUUGGCUGAUGGCUUGGUUAUCUUCCAAUUGUGUGACAUAAUCAAGCCUGGCAUUGUAAACUGGAAUAGAGUUCACAAACGGUUUACGCCCUUGCGCAAGUUUAUGGAGAAAUUGGAAAAUUGUAACUAUGCUGUCGAAUUGGGUAAACAACUUAAAUUUUCGCUGGUCGGCAUUGCUGGUCAAGAUUUAAAUGAUGGAAACGCCACUUUAACUCUAGCUUUGAUUUGGCAAUUAAUGCGCGCCUACACACUAUCUAUUCUCUCACGGUUGGCCAACUCUGGUAACCCUAUUGUGGAAAAGGAAAUUGUCCAAUGGGUUAACAGCAAACUGACAGAGGCUGGCAAGGAGUCUUCGUUAAAGAACUUUAACGAUCCCGCAAUAGCCGAUGGCAAGAUUGUCAUUGAUUUGAUUGAUUCCAUUAAGGCCGGAAGCAUUAACUAUGAUUUAGUUAGAACCGGUGGAACCGAAGAGGACAAUUUGGCCAAUGCCAAAUAUGCCAUUUCAAUGGCACGUAAAAUUGGAGCGAGGGUCUAUGCUCUCCCAGAAGAUAUCACAGAGGUGAAGCCUAAAAUGGUGAUGACAGUCUUUGCUUGCAUGAUGGCCUUAGAUUACAUACCCAACAUGGACAGUGUGGAGAAUCAGAACAACAUAAAUAACAGCAAUUAAAACGAAGCCAUGAUGCCAAAAAGAAAAAAAGAAAAGAAACAAACCCAACCAACAUCGAGAAGUUAACCACCAUUAUGAACACAGUAGUCUUUGAAAUGAAUUGAACCUGAGUGUA